AUGGCCCUUUAUAUAUUAAAUGAGAAUUUAGAAGUAUUGAUAUGUAAAAAUAUAAAAUCACUGCCGUCAAUUGAGUAUCCCGUUCAACAAUUUCAAAGAUUGUAUAAUUAUGAUAAAAGGCCAGUGAUAAAUUAUAACGAUAUCUGGAUAUUUGUUCAUAUACGGAGAGACUCGUUAGUCUUUCUGUUUAUAUUGGAUAGGCUAGACACGUGUCUUAUGGAGACGUUAACGUAUCUAGAUCAAUUUUAUGAGCUUUUAAAGGAUUAUCUUAAUAUAAAGAAGCUGGAUAGAAAGAUCAUAUUAGAUAAUACUACGUUAGUGACAGAAUUGAUUGAUGAAAGUUGUGAUUAUGGGGUAGUUCAGGUCACCGAUUCUGGAAUAAUGAAGGAUUACAUUAGAAUUAAAGUUAAUAUUCCUGGAUUAUCGACUGAAAUACUUUGUGAAAAUAAAAAUAAAAAUAAUAAAGAUAGUAUGCAUGUGGACAAUUGCAGUUGUAGUUGUAGUAGUAGUUCCAGUAGUGAUAUAGAAAAUGACGGAGGUAAAAAGAAGAAGAAAUCAAAACGUAAACACAGACACACGUGUCCACAUGUAAAAAAGGAUGAUAUUGAUAAUAAUAGUGCCGAUAACAAUACUAAUAAUAAUAAUGGUGGUGGUAUUUAUAGAAAUCAAGAGCUUGAGAAAAUUACAAAAAAUAUUGUUGGGACUAUACCAUCGGAUCCAUUAGAAUUAAUUGAUAAAAGUAAGAAAAUUAAAUCCAAAUAUAGUAUUAGAUCUUUGUGGCGGAAAGAUACAAAAGAUGCAGUGGUUGAAGAGGAUUUAGACAAUUUCAUGAACAGUGAUAUUGCAAAGACUACAAUCAUGGCAGUAUCGUGGAGAACUAAGGGUAUACACUAUUCAAAGAAUGAAUUUUUCCUAGAUGUGAUAGAAAGCGUGGAAUAUUUGAUGGAUUUUACCAAUAAUGUGAUUAAGAACAAUUCCAUUCAUGGGGAAAUUAUAUGUAAGUCAUUUUUAUCUGGUAUGCCAAAUUUGAAAAUAUCUAUUAAUAAAAUAUUGGAUAAGGACCCGCAAUUUUUGUUUAAUUGCAAAUUUCAUCAAUGUGUAUCUACCGAAUCAAUUGAAGAUGGGAAAGAAAUUGAGUUUAUCCCACCAGAUGGGCCAUUUACUUUGUGUAAGUAUGAUCUAAAGAGACAUGUUAGAGAUGAACCAUUAAUUAAAUUAACAUCAUUUCAAAUUACACCAAAAUGGAAGAAGUACAAAUUAAAAUUAAGUUUAACGAUAGAGAGUCAUUUCAAGACCACAAACUCAACUACAAAUUUGAAUAUAAAAAUCCCUAUAAAAUAUCUUUUGGUGGAGUAUUCUAUUGAUUUAAGUAAAAAUUUGAAAUUUAAAUGUGAUACAGGCAGGAUAUUAUUUAAUGUUAGUGACAAUAAUUUGUUAUGGGAGAUAGACACUAUGAAGGGAGGACAUGGAGAAACCCAAUUGUCUAUGGCAGUUGAAUUUACAUUAUUUAAUAGAGAAGAGUAUUUAAGACAACAGGAAGAGUUAAAAACAUCUAUGAAUCCACCACCAUUGAGGGAAGGCCCCAAGUUGGAAGAACUAUAUAAACAAAUACAUGGUCAAGAUUUGAUCGAGACUGAUAUUGUUGAGGGUGCUAAAGGCAGAGGGGAUCUAUCUGUAGUCAAGCAACAAUCUCGUAUACAGCAAACUAUAGAAGACAAAGAUCGUCGUUUGAAGAUAAGUUUUGAGGUACCAUACCUUACAGCUAGCGGACUGAAGAUCGAAUAUCUGAAAAUUCAGGAGCCACAGUUACAGUACCAGUCGCUCCCCUGGGUUAGGUACAAAAUUGUCAGUGAUCCGGAGUAUACCUAUUUGGUUUACUGA